GCGAUAUGGAUGGCGACGACAAUUGCAUCACCACGCAACUGGAGUUGGUUGAGUUCUUGCGCUUCACGAAACCUUGGGAGGACAAGCCGAACUGGGAGGACAUUGGACGCCAGGCUCUUCAUGGCCGGGAGGGCGUUAAGCCUGGCUUUUGCGCGGUUCCCGUUGGCCCGGGACACGCCACCGCACGACCACGACAUUGUCUCGAGUGUGAGCUGCCGGGACGAAGCGGCUGUGACGGCCAGUCAGACGGCCCUUUUGAUGCAAGUCUUGGCCCACAAAGCAGCUGGGCAUGCAAGCUUUGUUUUUCGGUCACAGAUUGCCCGAAGCGUGGACUACUUGGCUCACGGCAAGGGGCUUCAGUGCUGCAUGGCGCUGUCUACCUCUGGCGGUGUGGCUUCAAGGGCAAGGCUGAAGAGUCGAUGAACAGUUUCCCGCAGGACAAGCAUGUUCUCGUGGCGGGAAGUGCAUGUGACAUGGGGCCCCCGGGUGUGUUCGGGAAGGCUUGGUUCCCACAGGACAAGAUUGCUCUGGGGGCCGAGUGCAUUCUGCGCCACAAGAGGAGGGUGGAUCACUGCGUGCUGACGGAACUCUCCCAUGUCUUGGUGCACAAGUCCGGCAUGAGCUCCGAGGACUGGUCCCAGAGGAAGCUUCUCACCGUGAGACGCAAAGUCAACGAAGUGCCGUACUUCGUGAUCCGUUGUCUCGCCCGUUAA